AUGGUGGUGAAAGUGUAUGGUCCUGUAAUGGCGGCUUGUCCACAGAGGGUGAUGGUUUGCCUUGUAGAGAUGGGAGUUGAUUUUGAGCUCAUCCAUGUCGACCUUGAAUCUGGAGAACACAAGCGGCCGGAGUUCCUACUCCGACAGCCCUUUGGACAAGUUCCUGCCAUUGAGGAUGGCGAGUUCAGGCUUUUUGAGUCUAGGGCGAUCAUUAGGUAUUAUGCAGCAAAGUACGCAAGCAAUGGUCCUAACCUACUAGGAACUACUCUAGAGGAGAGAGCUCUAGUUGAUCAAUGGCUAGAAGUCGAAGCACACAAUUUCAACGACUUAGUUUACGCGGUGGUGCUUCAACUGGUGGUCCUCCCACGAAUGGGGGAGAAUAGCAACAUGGCAGUGGUUCAUAACUGUCAGAAAAAGCUUGAGAAAGUACUCGACGUGUACGAGCAGAGGUUGUCGAAGAGCAGCUACCUUGCCGGAGAUUCUUUCACUCUUGCUGAUCUAAGUCACCUUCCGGGCAUUCGGUAUGUUAUGAAUGAAGCUGGACUUGGACAUUUAGUGACAGAGAGGAAGAAUGUGAACUCUUGGUGGAUUAAUAUUUCAAACAGGCCUUCUUGGAAGAAAGUAAUGAAGUUGAUGGAUUAG